AUGGAUAAUGUAGGCGUUGCAGAGUUGCAACACUGCGUCGAUGCGGUUUUGUCAUUUUUAGAACCGUACUGGAGUUUUGUAAAUUGCCACAUGGUCAACUACCUAAUUGACGAUCAUUGGGCGCACAUGGUGCCCCAUCCGCUCAGAGCUGAGCUACAAGCUGUUGAUCAUGUCCACCAAGCCAUAAAAACAUUUUUUUCGCAAACUGCUCGUGAUUCGCCGCAGUUUCCAGCACUGGCUCAAUUUUUGGAAACAUGCGAGCGUCACUGUUUGGCCGGUUUCCCGCAACUGUUAACCAGUGUGGAACAACUGGAGCAGCUGCUGCCCGUCACAAUGGGGACGCAUCUGAGCAUUAAAGAAUUUAUGAGCGCUAAAAAGUGCCAUGAGGUGGAGCAGACGGCGGCAUUGAUAAACAAACUCGUCCAAAGCACAACUUCGGAGUCCAGCGCCGAAUGCUACAUUGUGGAUGCUGGCGAUGGAAAAGGAUACCUUUCGUCGAGAUUGGCGCUACAGUAUGGACAUCGCGUGCUUGGCAUUGAUGCCAAAAAGUCAAAUACUGAAAAUGCCCUUGCACGCAAUAGCAAGCUGAAGCGCGCCUGGAAUGGCCUAACGGAACGCGCCGAGCUACAAAGCCAAGGCAUAACACCACCAAGACGCGGCAAAAAGUUGGCCACAAAGGCAACACCAGUAAACAUACCAGUUCAGGACAAUUACAAAACCACGUCAAGAUUCAUUACCACAGAAUUGAACCUGUGUGAUUUAUUAAAAGAGCAUUUUGUACAGGAGCUGAAAGUAGUUAAGCCCAGAAUAUGCCUAACGGGUCUACACACCUGUGGCAAUCUGGCUGCAACCUGUUUACAGGUCUUUCAUGCCCAGGACAUCUGUCGCGUGCUGUGUAGUGUUGGCUGCUGCUAUCAUUUAUUGCGCGAACGCUAUUCACAGCAAGAAUUCUAUGGAAACAAGGCAUUGAUGGAGGAGUCAACUGAUUAUGGAUUUCCCUUGAGCCGUCAUUUACAGCAGCGUGGGGUGUGCUUGGGACGCAAUGCGCGUAUGCUGGCCGCUCAGUCCAUUGAACGCACCUUAUCGGCCAAGGAGCUACCCAAUAUAACGAUCUUCUAUCGCGCACUGCUCGAAAUUUUGGUAUGCCGCCGUGCACCGCACUUGAAGAACCAAUUAAAGGUGGGCAAAGUGCACAAAUUCAAUAAUUUCAUUGAAUAUGUGCAAAUUUGCGCGAAGAAGCUAGGUGAGCCCUGGCUGGCAGCUGUAGGAGAAGCAGAGUUAGUGGCGUUGCUGCAGCAGCACGAUACAGAUCGGCAUUAUCUGUCCCUAUUCUACCUGCUGCGCAUGUCCUUUGCGCCGGUGCUGGAAAGUGUGAUUCUUCUAGAUCGCUUGCUGUACCUCAAAGAGCUGGGCUAUGAGCACAGUUAUUUGAUUGAUCUAUUCGAUGCGGUUAUAUCACCAAGACACUAUGCAAUAGUUGCACUUAAGCCUUAAAUGCUGAAAUGCCACACGCUAUAGUGAUGAUAAUUUUAGGUUUAUUGAAUAGUAUUUAAAUCGAUUGGAAAAACGUGCAAUGAUACGUCGUAUAACUCUUUAACUCAACUUAGAUUCAUAUAAAUGUUUUCUAUUUUGCUACUUUAUAGUAAAACUGUCAAUCAAAUGUUGUAAAGUGCAUAGUAAAUAUAAAAUUACGUCUUGACAUCAA